UCGUGGUCGACAGUGAGCUGAGUUGGUGAACAGUGUUAGAUCAGAGUCGCUUUGGGGACUAGUGUGCUUCUCAUUCAGCUGUCCGGAGGAGAGCUGCGGAGCCAGGGAACAUAUGAUCUGAGAAGGUGUGUCGUGCCCUCCUGUCUACUGCUUCCAGGAUGCAUUUCUCAGUUGGGCUGAGUCUCUGCCUGCUAGGCUUCGCUUUUGUCUCUCUGUUUUCUCAGCCAGCGCAGGGUCAAGUUUCAUCACCACGGAGAUUUCGUGCCAAAAUCCAGAGUCCCACCAAGCUGCAUGUGUCGUGGAAAGAGCCUAAAGGACAGUUUGACAGCUACAAGGUCUUUUACACCACAGAGCCAGGUGGAGAGCAGAAGGACAUUGAAGUAUUGAAGCAGGAAGCAAAGCUGGUCAUUGAGCACUACGACCCCUCCAAAGAAUACAACUUCAAGAUAAUUGCUGUGAGUGGAGGACAGCAGAGUAAACCUCUUCAGGCCAAACAUGAAGCUCAGCAGUCAGGUGUCGCGAUGGUUAAAUCUCUGAAGAGACAAGACAGCGGUGCCACAGAGGAAAACAACGAGAUCUCAGAAGCUGAAGAGGAGUUUAUGUGUAAGACUCCAGCCAUGGCCGACAUUGUUAUUCUGGUGGACGGCUCCUGGAGUAUCGGCCGCAUCAACUUCAGGCUGGUCAGGACUUUCCUGGAAAACCUGGUCAAGGCCUUCUCGGUGGAGUUUGACAAGACCAGGAUCGGCCUGGCUCAGUACAGCGGAGACCCCAGAAUCGAGUGGCACCUUAACGCUCACACCACCAAAGCGUCUGUGAUCGAUGCUGUGAAGAACCUACCGUAUAAAGGAGGAAACACACUGACAGGCCUGGCUCUGACCUUCAUCCUGGAGAACAGCUUCAAACCCGAGUCCGGAUCCAGGCCCGGCGUUCCCAAGAUAGGAAUUCUCAUCACCGACGGGAAGUCCCAGGAUGAUGUGAUCCCCCCCGCACAGAGCCUAAGGGAUGCUGGGAUAGAACUGUUUGCCAUUGGUGUGAAGAACGCUGACGCGAAUGAGCUGAAGGCCAUCGCCUCUCCUCCUGAGGAAACUCACGUCUACAAUGUGGCGGACUUCAACGUGAUGAGCGACAUCGUGGAGGGCCUCACUAAGACCGUGUGCGACCAAGUGGACGUGCUGGACAAGAAGCUCAAAGGGGGAAGAGAACCUGACUCCCAACCCACCUCUGUGGCGGCACCCCGCGACCUGGUGACAUCAGAGAUCACUGCCCGCAGUUUCCGGGUCAGGUGGACCCACGCGUCGGGCCAGGUGGAGAAAUACCGAGUGGUGUACUACCCAGCCAGCGGAGGACAGCCGGAAGAAAAAGUGGUGCAGGGAACAGAGAACAGUGUGGAGCUGAACUACCUGAACUCUCUCACGGAGUACCAGGUGGCUGUGUUUGCCGUCUACCGCAGCUCGGCCAGCGAGGCCCUGAGAGGAAGUGCUACUACAUUGGCCCUGCCCAUGGUGAACGACCUGGAGCUGUUUGAUAUCACUCACAGCACCAUGAUGGUCCGCUGGAAGGUUGCCGCCGGGGCUUCUGGGUACAUGAUCCUUUACGCCCCACUGACCGAGGGAGAUCCUGCAGACGAGAAGGAGGUGAAGGUGGAGGACUCGGUGAACGAGGUGGAGCUUGAAGGACUGACUCCAGCCACAGAGUACACGGUGACGGUGUACGCGUUGUACGGAGAAGAGGCCAGCGACCCCAUGACCAGCCAGCAGACAACAUUACCGCUGACCCCGGCGAGGAACCUGCGUUUCUCAGAAGUGGACCACAGCUCCGCGCGCCUCACGUGGGACUCCGCCUCCAGGAAGGCCAAAGGUUACCGCGUCAUGUACGUGAAGACCACCGGAGCCCAGAGCACUGAGGUGGAUGUUGGCCGUGUGACAACCUGGUUGCUAGGAAACCUGACCUCCCUUACGGAGUACACUGUUGGUGUCUUUGCCAUCUACGACGAGGGACAAGCUGAGGCUGUGACUGACAGCUUCACCACGAAAACCGUCCCGGACCCCCUGGACCUGAAGAGCACUGACAUCUCCACGGACAGCUUCAGGGUGUUUUGGAAACACCCGGCCUCUGAUGUGAUGCUGUACCGACUCACUUGGACACCCACAGAUGGAGGAGACAGUGAUGAGGUUCUGAUCGACGGAAAAAUGAACACCUACCUGAUAAAAGGACUCAGCCCCCUCAUGGAGUACGAAGUCCUGCUCGCUGCCAUCUAUAAGAACGAGAUGGAGAGUGACGAGGUUGUCCUCGUAGAAUCCACCGUUGAAAGAUUGACCACCAUUGCCACGACGACCACCACCACAGCAACUCCUCGUUACGGUGUGCGGAACAUGAGGAUCGAUGAGGAAACCACGUACAGUAUGCGGGUGGCCUGGCAGCCCUUGGACUCGAAGAAUGUUCGACACUAUCGGCUGAGCUACAUCAGCGCCAAGGGAGACCGGGCAGAGGAGACGAGGACAGUACCCACAGGUCAGAACAGCCUGGUUUUACAGCCUCUGCUGUCAGACACGGAGUACAAAAUCGCCAUCACUCCUGUUUACCCUGAAGGCGAAGGACCCCCAGCGGCGCGGAUGGGACGAACGCUCCCCCUCUCGGCUCCUAAGAACCUGCGUGUGUCGGAGGAAUGGUACAACCGCUUCAGGAUCAGCUGGGAUGUUCCCCCUUCCCCCACCAUGGGCUACAGGGUUGUCUACCAGCCGAUAUCUGCUCCCGGAUCCGCUCUGGAGACGUUCGUGGGGGAGGACGUGAGUACCAUGCUGAUAGUCAACCUGCUGAGCGGGACGGAGUACAGCGUGAAGGUCAUCGCCUCCUACACCACAGGAUCCAGUGAGGCCCUUUCAGGGAGGGCCAAGACCUUGUAUCUGGGGGUGACCAACCUGAGUGCGUACCAGGUGAGAAUGACCAGUCUCUGCGGCCAGUGGCAGCCUCACCGACACGCCGGCUCCUACAGAGUGGUCAUCGAGUCUCUGCUCAAUGGUCAGAAGCAGGAGACGAAGCUGAGCGGAGGAGCCAACAGACACUGCUUCAACAACCUGAAGGCCAACACGCAGUAUAAGAUGAGUGUGUACGCUCAGAUGCAGGACGGGACCGAAGGGCCCGCUGUCAACGUCACCGAGAAAACACUACCCAUCCCAACUCCGGCACCAACCAAGCCCCCCUCCACCACGCCGAUACCCACAAUCCCCGCUGCCAAGGAAGUGUGUAAGGCAGCCAAAGCAGACCUGGUGUUCCUGGUUGACGGCUCCUGGAGUAUCGGGGAUGACAACUUCCUGAAAAUCAUCCGCUUCCUGUACAGCACCACCGGAGCUCUGGACCGGAUCGGCCCAGAUGGAACUCAGGUGGCCAUCGCUCAGUUCAGUGACGACGCCCGGACUGAGUUCAAACUGAACUCGUACGGCGACAAGGAACGACUGCUGGAUGCCAUCAACAAGAUCUCCUACAAGGGAGGAAACACAAAGACAGGACGCGCCAUCCAACAUGUGAAGGACAACAUCUUCACGACAGAGGGGGGAGUCAGGAGGGGAAUCCCCAACGUCCUGGUGGUCCUCACCGACGGUCGAUCUCAGGAUGACGUCAACAAGGUUUCAAAGGAGAUGCAGAUGGAAGGCUACAUCGUGUUUGCGAUCGGCUUUGCUGACGCCGACUACGGUGAGCUGGUGAGCAUCGCCAGCAAACCCAGCGACAGACACGUCUUCUUCGUGGACGACCUGGAUGCCUUCACCAAGAUCGAGGAGAAGCUGGUGACCUUCGUGUGUGAGGCCGCCACUGCCACAUGUCCCUCAGUACCGAUGAGCGGCAGCACAACACCAGGUUUCCGUAUGAUGGAGCUCUUUGGGCUGGUGGAGAAUAGGUACAGCAGUGUCUCCGGCGUUUCCUUGGUACCUGGCACCUUCAAUACCUUCCCCAGUUUCCACCUGCACAGUGAUGCCUUCCUGGCACAGCCCACCAGGUACAUCCACCCUGAAGGGCUGCCCUCCGACUACACCAUCACCAUGCUCUUCAGGCUGCUGCCCAACACUCCGGAGGAGCCCUUUGCUCUCUGGGAAAUCCUCAACAAGAACAACGAGCCGCUGGUGGGAGUCAUCAUGGACAAUGGAGGAAAGACUCUGACGUUCUUCAAUAACGACUACAAAGGAGAGUUCCAGACGGUCACCUUCGAAGGGCCAGAAAUAAAAAAACUCUUCUAUGGCAGCUUCCACAAGCUUCACAUUGCCAUCAGCAAGACGAGCGCCAAAGUGGUGAUCGACUGCAGCAUGGUGGCUGAGAAGAACAUCAACGCGGCAGGGAACAUCACCAUCGACGGACUGGAGGUUCUGGGCAGGAUGGUUCGCUCCCGAGGGAACAAGGACAACUCUGCACCAUUCCAACUUCAGCUCUUCGACAUCGUCUGCAGCACCUCCUGGGCCAGCAGAGACAAGUGCUGCGAGCUUCCUGGUCUGAGGAAGGAGGUGGACUGCCCCGCCAUGCCCAAAGCCUGCACCUGCACCCAGGACAGCAAAGGCCCCCCCGGCCCAACUGGACCCCCAGGAGGCCCUGGAAUCAGAGGAGCCCGAGGUGAUCGCGGAGAGCCAGGCCCGGUGGGACCAGGUGGUCCAGUCGGGGAUACAGGUUUACCAGGACCUCAGGGACCGCAAGGACCACAGGGACCAAGUGGACGCACCAUAAUGGGCGGCCCGGGUGCUCCAGGAGAGAGAGGACAGAAAGGUGAAGCUGGACAACAAGGAACACAGGGACUUGCUGGCAGACCUGGAGCUCCAGGCCGAGAAGGACCCGCAGGAGUCAGAGGACUGCCAGGCAAAGACGGCACCCAGGGCAGACAGGGUACCUCAGGAACUACUGGGUUGCCAGGAGCCCCAGGGUCCCAGGGUAACCCUGGCCUUCCAGGGAAACCAGGAGAACUGGGCCCCCCGGGCCCUCUGGGAAACAAGGGGGAGAAAGGUGAACGGGGAGACCUCCAGUCCACAGCUUCAGUUCAGGCCAUCGCCAGGACGGUCUGUGAGCAGCUCAUUCAGAGCCACAUGGCACGCUACAACUCCAUCCUGAACCAGGCGCCCAGUCCACCAGUGUCCAUCCGCACCGUGCCAGGACCCCCUGGAGAGCCUGGCAGACAGGGAACCCCAGGGACUCAGGGAGAACAGGGGCUACCAGGAAGACCCGGCUUCCCAGGACAGAACGGACAGAACGGGCAGCCAGGAGAGAGAGGUCAACUAGGAGAAAAGGGGGAGAAAGGAUCUCAAGGCGUUGGAGUCCAAGGCCCCAGAGGACCCCCAGGCCCCCCCGGUACCCCGGGGCAGGGCAGAACUGGCAGCCAGGGCACCUCAGGAAGACCUGGAAAUCCUGGAACACCUGGACGGCCUGGAGUCCCGGGGCCCGUCGGCUCUGCUGGGCCCCCGGGCUACUGCGACCAGAACUCCUGCAUGGGCUAUAACGUUGGAGUCCAACUGCCGCCCAACGUCUUCCAGAACUACGGCGAGGCGGAGGAGGAUGAUCCGUACCGAUACUAUGAGCCCAGCUACCCGGCCCCGCGGCCCGUGGCCCCCGAUGACCCUACGCUCGCCCAAGAGGACAUCGAUCUGAGAUCUCCCGGAGUCUACCGCAGCUCCCGGAGCCUGGAGGGGGAGGGGAAGAGAGACGGGCCCAAGAGGAAACUAAAAAGAGCAGCGAAGACGCCGCCUGGACUAAUUUAAUGAGAGGAGGUGAUUGGAGGAUGGAGGGCCGCUCCUUGUUUGUGAUUGGGCGGUGUGGAGAAGCUAAGGACUAAUCAACAAGUGCCUGAUGUAGAGGAUUUCUUACGGACAUUAUAAAGGGGGCAGGGUGGGGGGCAGUUUGGGACUAUUUUCACUCAUCUAUGCUAUUGAAUUAUCUCCAAAAAGAGAUUCAUGUUGUUGGAACUGGUUUGUGUUAUUUCUGUCCUCACAGAUUCAGUGAACUGGGUUUUAUACGAAGUGUCCCUGUCAACGGUUUCUCUGAUCAAAAGUCAAGGUUGUCAAACAUUUUGUCAUCAGAUUGAUAAAAGUAGCCAGUUUUAUUUCGAGCUUUAAUAUUUGGGUUAUUGUUAUUUACCUGGUUGGUUAAGUGCCUCCUAAUAGUCCUGCUGGAAUGAAUGGCUGCUGUUCACAGUGUGGAAGGUUUACAAUUCAGUUGAAAGAGAAGAGGCUUUGUUUGUGCGAAGUAUGUCAUUUGUUACCUUGAAUAAUACAAAUUUCUCUAGUGAACAACUCAACAAAAAAUCUGACGUAGUUCUAGACAUUUUUAUACAUUUGAAUAUGAAAAUAAAUCAUAUUAUAAGUCCCAUACCGACGUGAUAGCCGCUAAUGUUAGCUCCAUCUGUUGUUUCACAUCAAAUAUCUGUGGCAACUCAACCACCUACACAAGAUUUACAACAAAAAAACAGCAAGAAGUGAUUCAGCAGAGUCUGAACCUGUCUUAACACCUAUUUCAGUUCCCUCCAUGUGUUUGUUUAAAGGUUCCUAUUAGUAGAGCCCAGGUGAAAUUAAUCUUUACAAAAAAGAAGCAGGUAUUUAUGUGCAUGUUUUUGUUUUCCAUUUAUCAUGUGAUGUAUCAUAUUUUUAGUCUCAUAGAGCCUUAGACACAUUUAACAUUUUAAGUUCAUUAUUCUGUUUAUCGGUGAAUGGAGUCAUAUUCAGUUUAGGGCUGGGCGAUAUAUCGAUAUAGUUUCGUUUUUGUUGAAAGUACAGCACAUUUGUUUCAAAUAAUAGCCCGUUUGAGCCGCACCCGCCACUGCUUCGCUCUCCCUCUCUGCGUCCAGCUCUCUCACACACACAUACAGACACAGACACAGACACACACACACAUUCUGCCCCGCCUUCCCGCUCACAUCACGUUUUUAAAUACCCAACAGCGCGAAACCAUAGACUGUAUAUAUUAUACAGUCUAUGGUUUCGUAUAUAUUAUACAGUCUAUGCGCGAAACGGCAUCCCAGCAAAAUGUCAAUCGCGGCGCCGAGCUGGUAUGUAAGCGAAAGACAAAUGGGUCAGUAAUUUGGAAAUGGUUUGGUUACAAGGUGUCUGACGAGUUACAGCAACAGGUGAUCUGUAGAGAGUUCUUAAAAUAUGUUGCUACGAAAGGGUCGAGCACGACCAACCUCUUCCACCUCUUGAAGCAGCACCACAAGGUGCAAUAUGAAGAGUGCUUAAAAUUACGUGCAGCGACGCAAGCUCCUAAGCUGGCUCGGAGUACCCCGAAGCAAAGAUCUCUUACAACUUCGUUUACAAAUGCGGGACCUUAUGAUCGAUAAGCGGGAUAUCACUCGGUCGGUGACAUACCACAUCACUAAAGAAAUGGUGCCCAUAUCGACCAUAGAGAAGCCUAGCUUCAUAAAAAAAAUAUUUGAUCAUUAAACUAAAUAUUUGAUGAAGCAUCGGAGCGGCUGUGUGUUCAAGAAACAUUGCCGCGGCUCAUUUAAGAUGGGCUAUGCAUAGACUGACUGCACGCACCCACCGUUUUGCUACGAUUGCAGCAUUUUGCCUUUUAUUAAACCAGACUGUUUCUACUACUAUCAAAGUAGGCAGUCAUAUUUGAGAUGUGUCCAUGUAACCUACACCCAAAUGUAGGCUUGAGUUUGCAAUCAACAAGGCAGUUGAUGGGCACAGCGACGCAGGCAGGCUGGAAAUGAAAGCACACAGCGGCAUGAGCGGCACGAGUUGGAGCGCGGGAACUGUCGUAUUAUUGUGUCAACAAUAUCGAUAUAUAUCUUAUAUCGACAUUCUGCUUGAAAAUAUUGAGAUAUGACUUUUGGUCCAUAUCGCCCAGCCCUAAUUCAGUUACAGUGCUGCGCUCAGACUGAUGUUGCUCUGUAUGAGAGGAGGUUGAUGAGAAGUUGUGAAAAUAACAGAUAUUGUAUUUCUGAGUAAAUAUUUUCUGUUUAGUUGUCAGGUUUGUCAUGGUGUUCGAUGGAAAGACAACUUAACAAAGAACAGGAGUGUAUGUUUUGUGUUUUAUAAGACUUACAAUCUGUUUUAUUUUGUUUCUUUUUGUUUUGUUUUUGGAUUGACCUUUCCAGAAGCCCAUGAUAAGUGAUAACACAUCUAAUAACCCAUUUUCUAAUUCUCUCCUGUGUGUUCAACUUUGGAACAGGUGGAUAAAUAAAUAAGUACAAUUGCCAGGAUCAUUGUAGUUGCCACAAGAGGCUGAACUUCAACACUGUCACAUGUUAUGAAUAAGAGUACAAAUUAAUUUGUAGUAAACUUAUUAUAAAAUUAAGGACAUUACAGUAAUUCAACAAAGCUUUCUUAUAGAAAAGUGUGGGAAGUGCAUUCACAGGGAAGUUAAAACACUCCAGAAGGAAACAGGAAUGCUUUCAGUCGAUGUAAAACCUGUGGGGGCGGGGCACUACAGCCUCUUGUGGCAGGAAAGAGUAUUACAACAGCAACACUAACAAAUGAUCCUGAUAAUAAACAAUUCUCUUGCCAAAGCUUUUUGGUUCUCACAUUUUGACAUGCAGAGAAUAAGUAGCUUAGAAAGAACAUCAAAACGUAUUUUAUUCAUCAGAUUCUGAGUCAUUAAACACAUAGAGAGGAAACAAACUUAGGAAAUGGAUCACCAGAAUUUAAAUUUGUCUCACUUGCCUCUCAUAGAAUCUGCCUCUAUUUGUUAUUAAGCUCAUUAAAACAAAGCACAUUCCAAUUUUCAGGACAAAACUCUUUGGGCCUCUGUUCAUCUAUGUUGAAUGAAGUCCAGCUUGGGAAAGUUGUGCUUUGUUUAUUCACCUGUGGAAAACUAGUUUUCUCUUUCAGAGCACACUCAUUUGCCCCAAAUGUUAUCACACUUCAAAUAUCUGGGAAACCUGAGUUCAGAGUUCAGACCUUCAGGUCAGCGAGGAGUAAAUCAGGCCCUCGGACCAGGUUGUGUUUGAAAACUAAAAUCAUGGGAGUAAUUUAUUUUUUACUUGGUAUUGAUUUUCUCAGAACAAUAAAACUGAAGUACAACCAC